AUGGGCAACUCUGCCUCCGGCGGCUUCGAGGACACGGACGGGAAGACCUCCUCCUCGCUACGCCAGGAGCGCCGCGAAGCGUACGAGGCCUGCAUCGCCGCACUCCGCGCCGAGCUGGCGCUCGAGCGGCGUCCGGCGGUGCUCCCGCAGCGCCACACCACAGCGUCUGAUGACGCGAGGCCAAGGAUUGUCCUUCGGAAGCGGCCACUAUUUGAGCAUGAGGCUCGGCGCGACUUUGAUGUCCUCACCGCAGACGGCGGCGACGACGUCUGGGGCGACGGCCCUGCGGCGGCGCUGUGGGUGACGCGCCCGUUCCUGGCCCUCGACCACGACAUGUCCGCGACCCUGCACCCGGAGCCCUUCGUGGAGAGCCACGCCUUUUACGCCGACGCCGUCUUUGACGAGCGGCGCUCCACCGCCGAGCUGUACGACGCCGCCGUCCGGCCUCUCGUGGCGGGUGCGGUGCUGCGCGGCGGCGUCGCGACCGUGCUCUGCUUUGGCCAGACCGGCUCGGGCAAGACGCACACGACACGCGGCCUCCUCGAUGAGCUGCGCGGCGACCUCCCGCUCGACGUGCUCGGCUGGCGCGUGAGCGCCGUUGAGGUGGCGGGCAGCAGCGUGAGGGACUUGCUGCACGACGGCGCCCCGUGCACGCUGCGGGACGCGCACGGAGCGACGCACGUGGUCCCCGCGCGGGGCCACCCCGCCCACCCAGGCCACUCCUCCGCCGCCAAUGGCGCCGACGCCGCCGCCGCCGCCGCCGCUGCCGGCGCCGGCGACCUCACCGCCGCGGCAGCGGCUCGGCUCGGCGUGCAGUCGGCGACCACGAGCGGCGCGGCCCUCGUCGUUGGCAGCGCGGCGGAUGCCGUCGCCGCGAUCGCCGCUGCGACGCGGCUGCGCGCGACCUCCGCGACCAGCGUGCACGAUGGCUCCUCGCGCUCGCACGCAGUCUACCGGCUCGAGCCGCUCCACGAGGGCGCGGCGGCCGAGGGGGAAGGGGAGGAGGGGGCGGGGGCGGCGGAGCCCGGCGGCCUCUCGCUGGCUCCAGACGGCGGCUGCCUCUCGCUCGUGGACUUGGCGGGCUCCGAGUGGGCUCGUGACCAGGCGGCGAACAGCGCCGAGCGGGUGGGCGGAGACACCGUGGUGCGCGAGACGCAGGAGGUCAACCGCUCGCUGAUGACGCUCAAGGCGUGCCUCGCCGCGCGCGCGUCCGCAAAGGCGGGCGGCGCCCGCAUGCCGACGCGCGACACGGCCAUCACCCGCGUGCUGCGCGGCGCGCUCGAGCACGCCAUGUCCACGCUCAGCCACGUCGGGCUCGCCGUCGGCGCCGGCGCGGGCGACGCCAACGGCGGAGGCGGAGGCGGCGGCGUCAUCGUGGGCAUGGCCGGAGGCGGCGGUGGCGCAGCGGCGCCGUGCGGCGCGCGGGUGCUGACGCGGCGGCCGGUGGCGCGCGCCGCGUCGCCUGACGGAUCCGCUCCGCCGGCGCUGCCCUCCGACCCGUGCACUUGGGGGACGGUGCAGGUGGUGCGGUGGUGGCUGGAGGCCACCGCCGCGGCGGCGGCCGCGAUCAACGCAGCCGCCACGCCAGACGGCGGCACGCCCACGGCCGAGGCGUUCACGCUUCGCCGCUCGCAGUGGCCUUCCGGAGCGAAGCUGGGGAUCGGAUUUGAGCCUGCGGCGGCGCCGGCGGACGACGCGCCGCCCGUCGUCUCGAAGCUGUCGACGGGCACGCCCCUUGCGUCCGCCGCCGCCGCGUGCCGGCACGCCGUCGCGCCCGGGUGGAGGCUCGUCGGGUGCGUCCUCGACACGGAGGGCGAGGGGUGCGGCGGUGGCGGCGGCGGCGGCGGCGGGCGGGCGGCGCUGCUCGCCACGCUCAAAAAGGGCGCCGCGGCCCUCGCGGGGCCUGGCGACGCCGACGCCACGCUGACGCUUCGCUUCGAGCCGCCGUCGCCGUGCGCGGCAGCGCCACCCCGCGUGCCUCGCAUGUUCGCAGCGACGUCGCGCCUCGGCGUGGGAAAGGGCUCCGACCUGCUCUCCGCCUUUGCGGACCCCGACCGCGGCUUGCGCAAGUGGGCUGAGGUGUGCGCCGGCGACAAGGCACUCGCGCGGGCGCUCUUCGACACGCUGCGCGGCCUCGCGGCGCCGCACGGCGGCACACCCGAGGAGCGGCUGGAGAGGGACCGGCACGAGAGGGCCGAGGCGGCGGCUGCUGCCGCAGCGGCCGGCGCCGCGGUGGAGGUGACAGGGUAG